AUGACGACACGGGGAAAGAAGACCAAGACGACCGUGAGACUCGAAGACCUUCCGCAAGGCGUCAUCUCGUUCGAGCCCCCACCAUUGGUUUCCACUCAUGGGCCAGCACAACAGCAGGCUGCUGCUGAAGCAGCCCCUGACAGUGACGAUGGCCCGGCCUAUCCCACCGUUUUGCUACAAGCGCGGCGCAACAUGCAAAAGUUUGACAACUGCGUCCUGCUGACGCGGGUUGGCGGCUUCUACGAGCUCUACUUUGAGCACGCUGACGAGUACGGGCCCCUCCUCAACCUCAAGGUGGCCCAGAAGAAGACGACGGCCGGCCCCGUGUCCAUGGCCGGCUUCCCCUUCUUCCAGCUGGAACGCUUCCUCAAGAUUCUCGUCCAGGACCUGAAUCGCUACGUCGCCGUGGCCGAGGAGUUUCCGAAGAAUGCAGCGGAUAAGAUCAAGUCUGGUGGCCUGAUGCAUGACCGGCGCGUGGCCCGCAUCAUUACACCCGGCACGCUAAUCGACGAGAACUUCAUGGACCCAUAUGUCAACAAUUAUGUGCUUGCCAUACAUGCGCCUUCGCCUUCUGGCACUGCGACUGUUCAAACGAGCAGCGUUGCCGCUGGACGUGAUGCCCUUGGUGCUAGCCCGCCGUCGACUUGUCUGGGACUCGCGUGGCUGGAUUUGUCCACCGGCCAGUUCUUCACCGAAGCGGCCAAUGUGUCGGCUCUUCCAUCUGUUCUUUCACGCAUAUCACCAAAAGAAGUGGUUCUCGACCAAGCACUCCAGUCAUCCAAAGACCAUGAUGUUGUCUCCAUCCUCGCCGAAGAUCGGCAUCUGAUCACCUAUCAUCCGCCAGGGGAGGCGACAGGCCUCGCUGACUGGGCGCCCAUGCUCGAGUCGGAGGUGCCAGAAGACAGGAGAGCUGCCUUCACGAGCGAGGAAGUCGCAGCGGGCAGCCUUUUGCUUCAUUACGUCGGCGAGCGCCUUCAGGGACUGAGUCUGAAGUUACAGCCACCGGUGCGCCAUGGGACGAUGAGUGUCAUGAGCAUUGACAAGAACACAAUGCGCGCCCUCGAGAUCAAACAGACCAUCCGGGAUGGGUAUUUCCGCGGUAGCCUCCUCCAUGCCAUCAGGCGCACCGUUACGAAAAGUGGUGCUCGACUACUGAAUGAGUGGCUCAGCGCGCCGUCCACCUCAUUAGAAGUCAUCGAGGCGAGGCUGGAUCUCGUCACAUGUUUCAUAGAGAAAGCGGACCUUCGUGAUACCGUCAUCCUCUUGCUUCGCCGCAGUCAUGACUCUCAACGUUUGGUCCAGAAAUUUGCCCUCGGGCGGGGUGACCCAGAUGACCUGCUCGCCCUGGGAAGCACUGUGCAAGCAUGCAACGAUAUCGCGACGAGGCUCAGCAAGGCAGCAAAGACGGGCGCUACUGCCAGCUGUCUGGCCGCCGUCAUCGCCCGUCUAGACCUCAAGAAACCCACAGAGCUUGCGCGCCGCAUUCAGGAGGCUAUCGAUGAAGAAGGCAUCGUUCACCAGCACGAGAUCGAGGAUGGCGAAGCUGGUCAUAUGAUGGCCCUUGCUCAGGAGAUUGUUCACGCUGAAGGGUCCCAAGACGAUGCAGCAGCCGUCAUACCCAAAACUACGGCCAAAAAGCCUGGCAAAGCACGCCCGACAUCGGUUCGCGAGUACUAUGCCGACGAUAACGAAGCCUGGGUCAUGAAACCGUCGGCAAGCCCCCGGCUCGAGCGUCUCCAUGCCGAGCUCACCAGUCUCCACGCAGCCAAGGACACUCUAUUGGAGAGCCUCCGGGAGCAGCACGCUGCCCCAAGCCUUACCCUCCGCUGGACGCCUGGACUCGGUCACAUCUGCCACGUCAAAGGAAAAGAUGCCCGAGCCCUUGCCGAAGACUCGACGGCCAGGCCCAUCAGCGCCAGCCGCUCGACGCGGUCAUUCCACCUCCCCGAGUGGACAACGCUGGGCCAGCGCCUCGACUCUGCGAGACUUGCCAUCCGUUCCGAAGAGCAGCGUGUUUUCCAAGCCCUCCGCGAGCGUGUCAUCCUCAAUCUCGUCAAGCUCCGCCGCAACGCCGCGGUCCUCGACGAGCUGGACAUUGCCACAUCCCUCGCCCUGCUCGCACGCGACCAAGGCCUCACCCGGCCCCGCCUCAAUCACUCCACGACGACGACGAUCCUCGGGGGCCGCCACCCCACCGUCGAGGGCGGCCUCACCGAGCGCGGCCGCUCCUUCGUCCGCAACGAUUGCCUCCUCGGCCCCGCGCCCGCCCACGCACCGCUCUGGCUCAUCACGGGGCCCAACAUGGCCGGCAAGAGCACCUUUCUCCGCCAGAACGCCCUCAUCACCGUCCUCGCCCAGACCGGCUGCUACGUGCCCGCCGCGCACGCCGAGCUCGGCCUCGUCGACGCCCUCUUCAGCCGCGUCGGCUCCGCCGACAACCUCUACCGCGACCAGAGCACCUUCAUGGUCGAGAUGCUCGAGACGGCGCACAUUCUGCGCGCCGCGACGCCGAGGUCCCUCGUCAUCAUGGACGAGAUUGGCCGCGGCACGACGCCCGAGGAUGGAGCCGCCGUGGCGUUUGCGAGCCUGCAUCACCUCGUCACGGUGAACCGGUGCCGCGCGCUGUUCGCGACGCACUUUCACGCCGUGGCGGACCUUGCGGCGGCGCAGGGCCUCUGUGGUAGGGGAGAGGGGGAUGGGCGCGACGCAGGUCGUGUGGAGACGUACUGCACUGACGUCGAGGAGGAUGAGUCGGGGGGGUUCGUCUACGUGCACAAGCUACGGAAGGGGGUGAACCGGCAGAGCCAUGCGCUCAAGGUUGCACGGCUUGCUGGGCUGCCCGCAUCAGCGAUCCAAGUCGCGGGUGACGUCUUGGGUGAGGUAUCGGGCGACAGAACUACGAAGUUGUAA